ACCUGCAAACUGAAUAAAAAACACCUAAGGCUCCUUUUUGAUAGUACAAUUAAAAUCAAAUUGUAAUGUGAUUAGACGCAUUUGUCACAAAUUGUUGAACAGUACAGACAAAUACAUAGUGUCGCAUUUCACAAUAUGACGGUAUCUGUAACGAGAUGGAUACUUGCUGGCUUUGUACUCGUGUCAGUCUGCAAGGACGUUUUCUGUGCACAGUCGACAUCUGUCCUGAAUGAAUGCAAAUACAAAGUAGAGCCAAUUGGAUGUUUUGCUGACGACCUACGCAAUAGGGCUUUGCCAGAACAGAUCAUAAAUGAAAGAGACCCGUACAGCAAUGUAUACAAUGGUCGCUUGAUUGAGUGGAAGACAUACGACACAUACCUGCAAGGAUUUAUAUGCAGAUGCGCAGAAAAAGCGUUUGCGAAAGGCUACAAGAUGAUUGGCAUUCAAUUUUACGGUGAAUGUUGGUCUGGACCAAGUUCCCACAAAGAUUAUAAAAAGCAUGAGAAGUCAUCACAAUGCCUUACUCCAGUUGGCGAGGUUUGCGACAAUACUCUGCCCGUUUGCACAGGAAAAGACUCGACUAAUUAUGUCUACCGAAUUGCACCUACAGAAUGUGAUAUUCCCUAUGCACCAGUCGGUUGUUUCAAGGACAACAACGUUGACCCACGUCCUUUGCCUGAAUAUGUGAUGAAUGAACGAGACUAUUCCACUUCAAACUGGAAUGGCAAGUUGAUUGACUGGAAAAAUUGGGAUACGUACAGCCCUCAGUUCAUAUGCAGAUGCGCCAAAGCGGUGAAAGAAAAGGGAUUUACUUAUUUCGGUGCUCAGUUCUUUGGAGAAUGCUGGAGUGGUGAAAAUUCAAAGAUAAGCAUCGAAAAAGAUGGCACCUCCGAGAAAUGCAUUGCCGAGAAGUUUGAGCCGUGUUCCUAUAAUUCCUACCAUUGUGUUGGUCAGGACCACACAAACAGAGUUUACAAACUAAUUGAAGGACCUACAAAGGUGGCCGCAGUUCAUAACAACACUUCUGGUUGAUUGAACGUAUUAAAUCAACUAUACUUAGCGUAAUGGACACUUAUUCAUUAAAUGUCAAGACAAUAGCCUAAAUUUACUUAUUAAGAAUAUUAAAUAUUCUUGUUUAGUCCCAAAAAUAUGAUUGAAAUGAUUUGAGCUAUCUGUAAAGCAUUAAAAAGCAUUGUAAAAGUGAAAGGCAAGAUCUUGUGACUCUACAUACGAGAUGAAAAAAUACUCUUUUUAAUCAUUA